AUGGACUCUAUCUCACUGCUGGGCAGCAGCCCGGCCAGCACCAAAGUCUGCUUCCUACCAAACGGGCUGAAGAACGGGUCCAAAGAGGGACCGGGCAAGCCCACGGUCGCCAUCAUCGGUUCUGGAGACUUCUCCAAAAGCCUGACCCUGCGGCUGCUCCGCAGCGGCUUUCACGUGGUGGUGGGGAGCCGUCAGCCCAAAAGAGCGGCCGAGUCGUUCCCGCACGUGGUAGAUGUGACCCAUCACGAGGACGCAGUGGGGAAGGCCAACAUCGUGUUCCUGGCCAUUCGCCGAGAGCACUAUUCCUCUCUCUGGGACAUCAAACACCUGCUGGCUGGAAAAAUACUGGUGGAUGUCAGCAACAACAGACGGGUCAACCAGUAUCCAGAAUCAAAUGCAGAAUACCUAGCGUCCCUAUUCCCAGAAUCCAUUGUGGUCAAAGGCUUUAAUGUGAUCUCGUCCUGGGCCAUGCAGUCAGGCCCCAGAGACUCCAGUCGACAGGUCUAUAUUUGCAGUAAUUCAGUGGACGCUCGACAGCAGCUCGUUGAACUGGCCCGUCAGCUCACUUUCAUCCCUGUGGACAUGGGUGCGCUCUCUUCUGCCAAAGAGAUUGAGAAUAUGCCACUGCAUCUCUUCACCGCCUGGAAAGGACCCGUUCUGACCGCGGUCGCCUUGUCCAUCUUCUUUUUCGCUUACUCCUUUGUGCGGGACAUUAUCCAUCCUUAUAUGAAGACCAGACAGAGUUUUUUCUACAAGAUUCCUCUGGAGAUCGUGAACAGGACGCUGCCUGCAGUGGCUAUCGUUCUGCUAGCGCUGGUGUAUUUAGCAGGACAGCUUGCUGCUGUGUACCAGCUCAUCUACGGGACGAAGUACCGCCGCUUCCCGCUCUGGCUGGAGGGCUGGCUGGAGAGCCGCAAACAGCUGGGCUUGCUGAGCUUCUUCUUUGGCUGUGUUCACGUGCUGUACAGCCUCUGCCUGCCCAUGAGACGCUCAGAGAGAUACCUGAUGCUCAACAUGGCCUAUCAGCAGGUGCAUGCCAACAUAGAGAACUCGUGGAAUGAGGAGGAAGUUUGGAGAGUGGAAAUGUACGUUUCCUUCGGCAUCAUGGGAUUGGGGCUCCUCUCUCUCUUAGCUGUCACUUCCAUUCCAUCGGUGCACAACACACUCAACUGGAGAGAAUUUAGCUUUAUCCAGUCCACUCUAGGUUACAUCGCCCUGCUCAUCUGCACGUUCCACGCUCUGCUCUUCGGCUGGCAGCGGGCGUUUCUGGAGGACUCUUAUCGCUUCUACAUGCCACCCAAUUUUGUCCUUGCCCUGGUUCUUCCGGUCACGGUGAUAAUCGGAAAAGUGGUGUUGCUGCUUCCCUGUGUGGGCCGGAAGCUGAAACGGAUCAGGCGUGGAUUAGACUGCAAUCAGAGCCGCACCAACCACGAGAGACCCGCUGCCCACGUUUCACCUGAGAGGGUCACCAUCAUGUAACUCCACCAAAGUUUUUAAUGUCACAGUAACGGUAAACUCUCAGCCUUUUGUUUCUAAUCAUGCACACAAUACCUGGCCAGCAUACAGCCUGUCUUUAAGGUGACAUUUCAGCUGCUUUAUUGGACUCAAAGAUUUAUUUGUAAGGUUCCAGUCCUGUUUUCUUUAAUGGAUAAGAGUUGAGUCAGAACUCUAAUUGUCAUGUGACCUCAUUGACUCCUUCAAAGGAGGAUGUCAUGUGACCAGAUGACCUGUUCAUGAGUCUAUUGUAUAUCAAACCUUAUUAAAAACAGUGUUAUUUAUGCACACUCCACUGUUAAAAAAAUGUUGGGGUCAGUAAAAUGUUUUAAUAUUUUUGAAUGUUUAAUGUUUUAAUGCUCACCAAGGUUGCUUGUGCUUUUUUUUUUUCAGAAGUAAAAUUGUACUGACCCCAAAAAUGUGAACAGAAAUGUGCAGUUUGAUUAAUUCUCAUGGCAAAACUAUGGCUUAUGGCUUUAUAUCAACAUGAAAUGUUUGGCAAUCUUCCAUCAACAUGAAACUCCCUGAAGUUCUUCCCUGUUUUACUGAGAAAUAUAUCACAUAUGUUAAAUGGGUUGGGAAUGUAAUUUCAUGUUGACUUUAGUAUAAUUGAAGCAUUUUUGAAACACUGGGUUAACUGCAUUCACAACACUCUGAGAUUUGAUGGUUCAUAUACCAGACUGACAUGUUAUGUGAGUGUCACACCGAAUCUGUUUUAACAUCUGUACAGGCGAAACAGUACCAUGACAAGUUCAGUCACUGGAAAUGACCUGCACAGACUCACAGCUAAACAUCUCAUGCUAACAGACAGCUCUUUUCUGCACUGUUUCCUGUGAAACUGUUUUGUGUCACUUGUCUUGUUGUACACAGUGCUAUCUGCCUCCAGUGUGUUGUUUGGUAGAAGUGUGAACGCUCAAACUCCUGUGCCUCACUUGAUGUUUGGAGUGAGUAACAAUAAAUACAAAAGUACACAAUAUCU